AUGAGUGACCCUGCUCCUCAACAACCCAGCCCGACCAAGAGAGGUCGAGGCAGAGGCAGAGGCUCUUCUGCCAGAGGAGCUGCUUCUGCUCGCGCUGGCAGGAAACCCACAGCCGGGCGACGGGGCCGCCAAAAGGUCUACGAGACGUCUCGCGCCCAAGCUGCUCACGAGCGUCAGCGCGACCUGAAAAAUGCUUAUGCUACCGUGGCAGCCGCCAUGAGACCGGCUCUCGAGGAGCUUGCAGAUCGGAAUAUUGACCUGCUCAAGUCCAAAUUCGACGCCCACCACGAGGUCGAACAGUAUGCCGAAAUCACCCGCUUCCUGGACCAGCGACUCCAAGGUCGGCUGUCGGAGCUUGAAGCAAAAUUGCAGCUCAGCACCGCAACCGCACACCACGAGUGGGACGCCAAACAGGUCUACACCGGCGAAUCAUUUCAUAACCGCUGGGAUGACCUCCUUGAGGAUUACUUCGACGCCCAGCUCAGACGCCUCGACAUACUGGAGGACCUGCAGAGGACCAGGGACUCAAUAAACAAACCGGAUCUCUCCUGGAACUACAAGUCAAUCACCACAGAGGAGGCUGCCGAGCAAGGCAUCUACCGGAAGAUCUUCAGGGGUGUGGAAGUUCCAUAUCCUCACCUCCAUCCAGAGCUGGCCUCGGAAACAAACAAGUCUAAAGCUGCCCGCACCCCCAUCAAGCGCAAGGGCGCAGACCUCCUCGAGGGCCAACCCACCCCUAAGCGGCCUGUGAGCUCUCUCGAGAACAAGGCUGGCGCAGACCUUCCUCGCCACAUCGGCGGUCUACUCUCUGCAGUGGCCCCUGAUGAGCCUGCAAGCCAACCCCCUUCGCCUUCACCCGUUGACGAUAAUGACGACAACCCGUCACCACCGAAUGAGCCGACGGCGGCGACUCGUGGCAGGAAGCGGAAGCAGAUCCCUGCAAGGUCACCAUCGGCUGAGGCCGAGGAGUCUGAUGUUGGGGAGGAUGAGACUAUGCCUCCACUUCCCAAUGGCGCAGCAGAGCCCGACGAGUAUGGUGCGAGGCUCAUCAACAAGAGAGCCAGGGCUGGUGACAUGCCCAACAAUCGCAUCAUGCUUCCUGCGCUGUUCGAGUAUGAGCCCCACGAGAUCGGCUUCCGCGACUCGACCAAUGACAAGAGUCGUGGCGCCACCAAGGCCAAGCGCAAGAGGUUCCUGGGUCAGCCAAACUCGAAUGCCAUGUUCUUUGACCGCACCCUUUGGACGUACGAUGCGACACAGUACGCCGACGGUGACCUCGAUCAAGACUUGCUCGCCAAGCACAAGCUGCACCCGAAGUACGGCCUUUUCAUGGAAAGCUCCGUCAACGACGAAGAACCACCCAGGCCGUAUCAGUCUGGCUGGAAGCCUACUGUAUUUGUACCACCCGACGGCAAGAUAAUUCACACGUCUCGGUCUAUUUCCAAGGCCAAGGCUGAGGGGGCUUAUGUCAAGAAGACCCUAAAGAGCAUGCUGAGUCAGUUCAUGGACCAAGAAGACCUGACAGAAGACGAUCUCUACGAUCCCGAGACGGAGAGGCUGUUGAAUGAACGGGAAGACCAUCGGAUUAAACUCGAGCAGGAAGAAGACGAGGCCCAAGAUGAGCAAGACCAGCAGUUGGGUGCUUAUAACAUCGACUUGCUCGUCAACGCUGGCUCUGCCUUGGAGUCCCGAGACACACAAGAAGCCCAGAGCGCACAGGAAGCGCAGACUGCCUCGCCUGCCCUGUCACGACCUUCAACUAUGUCAAGGCCAUACGACGCAGUCAGAGACAUCUUUGGCAAUUCCAAUCUACCCCCUGCUAUAGCUUCAACCCCGCCUGUCGAAGAUAACUCGGCCAUGAAGUUUUUGGCAGACAUCGCCAUUCGAGACGCCGGUGAACCGCGCGGCGAGCCAGCACCAAGCUCCAAUGUCGAAGAGCCGCCACAGAUUCCGAUCCAAAUGCCUGAGCCGGUCCGUCCCAAGCAGCUGCGGGAUCCUCAAGAACUCGUGCAAGCGGAUGAGGCGAUGGAGCCUCCAGAUUACCCCGACCCUCAGCAGGAAUCCGGCCCUCAGCUCGCCAUGCCAGAACACUUCAUGGGCGGGGAUCGGACGUACGCUGUACAGCCUCAUCAAAACUACCACGACCAGCAGGUACCGCAGUCCCCCCUGGCGCCGCCUGAGCACUUUACCUACCGAGGACCAGAGACUGCGCACGAACGGCAACACAUGAUGCAGGCGAUGCAGGCUCCGCAACCAGCCCCUGGUCACCAGGGCCAGAAUCCUCCCCCAGCGCACCCCGAGUCAUAUGGAUAUCGAGAGGCAGACGUGCCCUACGAACAGCCACAAAUGGCGCGGCCGUUGCCCCAUGCAUCUGAUGAGCGAUAUGUUCCAGUACCAAAUACAGACGACGCACUCUUAGACCCGCAGCUGUUCGAGGAUGGUCAGCCGCCAAAAGCUCUCCAGCAUCAGAAGGCUCAGCAGGCUCAGCAAAAACAGCCGUCACAGCCCAGCUUCUUCCAGACUGCCCUUAAUUCCCCAUCCACCCCGACACCGCAGGGUCCGCCUCAGGGCCCGCAUUAUCCUGAGCCUCCUCAGAUGACGCAGUAUCCUGGACCACCCCUGGCCCCCGCCCCAAGACCAGCCGCAGCUACAGAGGGAUCACCUGGACGAACCCCCUUCAGCAACCCAGCUGGAGCUGAGACACAGCCCUUGCCACCGUUCAGGUUCUACAGAGCCCUCCUCCGUAUCAUAAUACACACUCAGCAGUCUCGACCUCUCCAGGAAGACGCAGCGGUAGCAUAUCCGGAACAAGAGUCUGCGCAGAAGGUUCCUACCGGGCAGAGUCCCACAGGGCAAGAUACCACAAAGCAUGUCUCUACAGAGCAGCGGCCCCAAGAGCAAAAGACGGUUGAACUGGGAGCAGUUCAGGGCUUAAUCGUGCAGAAAGAGCCACCUCGUCGUCUGCCAGUUCUUCAGGCUACCCGCGAGAAGCGCGGGCCCACCGACAACGAAAGCGGCUCCGGACCCCCGACCAAGCGUCAAAAGACUGGACAGGAGGGGGUACAUGGCUCACCGACCGUGAAAGCAGUCGGAUUCCGACCCGCCAACCGCACUCCGCCCACUGCGGAGGACCUCGAAUUGACCAAACCAGUUCAGAAAGCCAAAACAGGUGCUGAAGGCGAGGAAUACGUCGAACCGGAGGAGGAUGUUGAAUUCGAUACGUCCUCGCCAAAAUCGACAAUGUCCAGGCGGGUGUCCGAGCUGAGGGGCAACGGCACGAAGAGAUCCUCCAGAACAAGACACCUGGAAAAGGUUGCCAGACGGAGCGAGUACGGGCUCAGGAGCGGCCUUAGGAAAGAGUGGUCGAUGGAUUCAUAG